CUAAGAGGCCAGUGUCGCCAUAUAGUGGGUACAAUGGACAGCUGCUGACCAGUGUGUACCAGCCUACCGAGAUGGCCCUGAUGCACAAAGGCCCGGCCGAAGGAGCUUACGACGUCAUCCUCCCACGGGCCACCGCCAACAGCCAGGUGAUGGGCAGUGCCAACUCCACACUGCGGGCCGAAGACAUGUACUCGGCCCAGAGCCACCAGGCAGCCACCCCGCCGAAAGACAGCAAGAACUCUCAGGUCUUUAGAAACCCCUACGUGUGGGACUGAGUCAGCGGCACCAGGAGAGGCGGGCGGAUCAGGGGAGGGCCCUCGGGACCCGGGGGAGGAAAUCUCCAGGCCGCCCCCACCCCCUCACGGGCUCAGGGCAGCUCGUGCCUCAGAGCCGUGAGGCCCUCCCUUUCUGCCAGGGUCUGGGUGGGUGUCUUGGGUGCCCCCACCCACUCCUCAGUGUUUGUGGAGCCUGGGCGCCAACCUCAGCUUCAGGCCAGGGUCACCUCGGCGGUCAUGCUCCAGCCAAAUAGUGUUCUUCUUGGGGUGGUGGCUGGUCGGCGCCUGCAUUCUCUGCAGAUUCCUGCAACCUCGAGAGAUUUCACAGGCACUUCGGGCCUGGGUCUUGCUCCUCCGUGAGGAACAAGGUAUCUAAUAAAUAUGUUUCUGCUUUAUUAA